GGGUAGGAGGAGAUCAGAUUCUCCUUGCUGGACUCCCGGGCUGCCUCUAAGACCCCGAAACAGAACCAGAAAGCGACCGACUUGAACUUACUCACUGGCAGUGGAUGCCGUAAAUGUCCAAAGAGAAGGGCCUCGAGAAACUGCAGGCUGACCUCAGUUUCUGGGGCCGGAGAGGGGUGGAGCUACCAGGACGGAAGCCCGGGAGCGAGCCUCUCCACGCCCAGGGAAUGCAGCAAUCUGGUACCGCGAGGCGUGGCAUUAGGCGGUGCAUACAUUUGCCCGCCCCUUCCAUCCCUUAAAGCAACAUCCAUCCUCGAGUACUGCCACCUUCCCCUCUUCGCUGUCUGACAGCAUGAAGUCCUUUUCUUUAGCCCUGCUGUUGCUCGUGUGCCUGCCUAGGCUUGCUCCCGCCCGCAAGGAUUCAUGGCACCUGAAAAAGGUCAGUGAUUUUUCAUGGGAAAACUGUGAUGAUGGGCAAGAUCCAAUGUUGAUCAAAAGCUUGACGGUAAAACCAGUCCCUGUCAACAUCCCUGGAAAUAUAACUGUUAGUAUGGAGGGUACCACUGGUGUACACCUCAGCUCUCCUAUUAAGGGAGUUGUAGUAAUGGAGAAAGAAGUGGCUCCUGGGAUCUGGUUCCAACUUCCCUGUUAUAAAAAGAUAGGAAGCUGCAUCUAUAAAGAUGUAUGUGAGACAAUUGACUACUUCAUUCCACCUGGAGUGCCCUGCCCUGAGCCUUUCCAUACCUAUGGCCUACCCUGUCACUGCCCCUUUAAGAAGGGUACCUACUCCCUGCCUAAGACCGUCUUCCAAAUACCUCCCUUGAAGCUGCCCCCUUCUCUCAGCAGUGGCACCUACCGUGCUCACAUUGUUCUAAGCAAUGGAACGACACUUCGAAACACACGUCUGGGCUGCUUCAAGAUCAUGAUUACUCUCAAGGAGGCAUCACGGCCCAUGCCUGGAAAGAGUGACCAUUGAAGUUGACCUUCCCUUUUCACCAUUCCCAAGGACUUCUUGGUUGCCCAUCCUUCUUCCUGGGGAAUGAUUUUAUUGCUAAGCUACUGGCCCUCUGCCAGGGACCUCUGUUUAGAACAAAAGUCCCACUCCAGCCACCUGUGUUGGGCCUCCCUGAUUUCUUUAUUCCCAGGACAGCUGCCUCUCUGUUCUUUUGUCUUCCCACAUGGCUCAGGCCUCUUGCUCUUCUUCAUAGGGUUUAUGAGAGGCUAAGUGGAAGCAGGUCCUAGGAUUUUUCUCCCAUGGGGAAACUGAUUCAAAGAACUGGCCUAUUUUUUAGGAUGCAAAAGCAUCUUCCUCAUGGCAUUAUUUCUUUUUAGCAUAGGAUUUUUAAAUGUAACUAAUAAUUAAUAUUUUAAAACAACUAACAUUUAAAUAGUUUACAAAGGGCUUUAUAUAUUUUUUUCUCAUUUCAGUGAUCUUCCUACUCAAACUUCUAGUGAAUUUUUUCCACCCUCCUUUGGGGGGGCUUCUGAAUGAAUCUAUUUCCAUGUUUUCUGGAAAAAGAGCAGACAACAGCAGGUACAUAAAAUGGAUCUGGAGACCCCUUAAGGAGGGGUCCCCAGGGCUCAUCUUCCUGGACAGCUACCCUAGCUCAUUUUAAAAGUGUCUGAGUUGGUAAUCCAGCUGGAAGGCCCUGUUAUCAGUGACUAUCCAAGUGACUUUCUUUCCUAACUGUGGAGUGAAUGGCCUGGGUGUCAGGCUCCAGGCUCCAGGCUUCAAACUCCAAGCCCUGUGCAUGGACCAAACCCAACCAUAGCUCAAGUUGCCCUGAAGUGAUGUCAAUUUUCUGAGAACAUUUGCCAAAUCCCUUCAGCUAAGGAGGCAAGCCCUGCAGCCUACAUUAAGCCCUUUUAAGGGAUGGGGAUAUGAGGUUGGGGGGAAGCUAGAGUCUGAGGUGGGUCAGUCCUACUUCUAUGUGGGUGACCCCAAGACUCGGGGUUCAUUGUAAAUUAAGACUGGACUAAAAUAAAUUUCUAUUUACUCUUCUA